AAAUAAUCUUUUCAUUUUAAAUCUCUAAAAUAUUUUUAAAAAAAUACCUAUAUUUUUCCCUAAUUUCAAUUAAAAUUUAUUUCCAGUUACGCUCUCACCCAGAAAAGUUUGGCUUGGACUCUACCAAAAUCAACGGAAUUUGCCAACGGCAAAGAAUGCGUCGAAAUUCGAAUGAACGUCUAGCUUUAUUUGAUAAUCGAAAAGAUUUAAAACGUCAUUCUGUUGGUGGUUAUAGCCACGCCCAACAAUUAACAGCAUCCCCUGAAGACCGUGCAGCAACAAAAAUCCAAGCAGAAAUUCGUGGGUAUUUAACUCGAAAACAUAUAGAAAAUGAAAAGAAACAAAACCAGACUGCCGCUACAAAAAUACAGGCACAUAUUCGCGGGUAUUUAACGCGUAAACACUUGGAAGAAAAAGGUGUUUUAGUUAGCCCUCCACGUUCUCGAACUUCUACAAAUGCUCGUUCUGAAAUGAAAAAUGGAAUUGAUUUUUGA